CGUGCUGCAGGCGCCGCCCGCGUUCCCUCCCGGCCUCAGCCCCAGCCGCAGCCAUGGCGGCCGUGGCCGAGGCGGGAUCCCCCGAGCGCUUCCAGGAGCUGCUGCAGCAGAAGGGCGGAUCCCUUGUAGUUGUCCAUUUUUGGGCACCAUGGGCUCCUCAGUGCAUCCAGAUGAACAAUGUCAUGUCUGAACUAGCCAAGGAACACGUGCAAGUUACCUUUGUGAAGCUGGAAGCUGAAGCUGUGCCUGAAGUAUCUGAAAAAUAUGAAAUUAGUUCUGUUCCAACAUUCUUGUUUUUUAAGAAUUCUCAGAAAAUUGACAGGUUAGAUGGUGCCCAUGCCCCAGAGCUGACCAAAAAAGUCCAGCGCCAUGCAUCCAGCAGUUCUAUUACCAUUGGAUCUAAUGAUAAUGUGAAAGAAGAUCUUAAUGUGCGUCUAAAGAAAUUGAUCAAUGCUGCACCGUGCAUGCUGUUUAUGAAAGGAUCUCCACAAGAGCCUCGCUGUGGUUUCAGCAGACAAAUGGUGGAGAUUCUGAACAAACAUAAUGUUCUGUUUAGCAGUUUUGAUAUUUUUUCUGAUGAAGAAGUACGACAAGGACUGAAAACAUAUUCCAACUGGCCUACUUAUCCUCAGUUGUACGUAGCUGGAGAUCUCAUAGGUGGACUGGAUAUUGUUAAGGAACUUGAGGCUUCUGGAGAACUGGACACAAUUUUUCCCAAGGCACAAAAAUUGGAGGACAAACUUAAAGGCCUGAUAAACAAGGCUCCUGUGAUGCUAUUUAUGAAAGGCAACAAACAGGCGGCAAAAUGUGGAUUCAGCAAGCAAAUUAUAGAAAUCCUAAAUGGCACUGGUGUUGAUUUUGAGACAUUUGACAUACUGGAAGAUGAAGAGGUACGGCAAGAAUUAAAAACCUACUCAAAGUGGCCAACAUAUCCUCAACUGUAUGUGAAAGGUGAACUUGUUGGAGGGUUGGAUAUUGUUAAGGAACUAAAAGAAAAUGGAGAAUUGUUACUCAUUCUGAAGGGAGAAAAUUAAUGCAAAUGAACACGAAUGCUAAUGAUAGGAGCUGAAAUAUUGCAAAAAAUGAUUUGUUUAUGGAUUGAAUUGGAACAAUACAUGACUUACCCUGGGUAAAUGGAGUGGGAGUAAAUAAAGCUUUUGCUUGCCCUGUAUAUUUCACAAUUUCAUGCUAGAUCUGUAUGUAAAAUUAGUUUUUCACCCAUAAUGCAAAACUGUAUUUAUAUCUUCAAAUUCAAUUAAAAUGGAAUGUUAAAAAGUUUGUUUUUCAUUACAUUAUUGUAAAUAUCAGUCAGUGUUGAUUGUAUCUAGACAGUUAACAGUAUUGUAGUGUAAGUCCCCAUUCCACUUUCCAUCUCAGCUAAAACACAUCAGCUUUAUGGGCUACAGUUCUUAUUAGAAACCUAAAUAGGACUGCCUCCACAGCACAGAGCAUAACCAUUUUCAGUAUGUCUGUUAAUAUUUGUUCUUAAUGUUCAGCGAGCAGAAAAAUUAGUAUGGAAGCCUUAAUCUGGAAUACUACAAUUAAAUCAUUAUUAAUGAGUUUCAGAUGUGUAAUACAUAUUAUUUUCUGCGUAGUUUACAGUAAUUGUUUGUUGACUUCAGGUGAUAUUCAGCCUAUUUAAAUAUGACCUUUUUUCCAUUGGACAUUAUUUAAAUUAAGAUGGAGAUGAUUCAGUAAAUCCUAAAGCUUGGCCAUUCUUUUGUACCUUCAGUGUUGCUGCUAGAAGGAAAUAAAAUAGGUAUUUACUUUCUGGGAGAUGAAUAUUCAAAAGUUUGUUUUUUCCCCUGGGGUCCUCUAUCUCAGUACUCAGAGGAUGUGUUUUUCUUGUUUUAUCUUUCAAAGACCCAUUGUCUCCAUCCUCUACCUCUGUUAUUCAAUCUGAAUGGGGGAAAAAGCUUAGGAAGCUAAAACACAUGCCUAGCUUUUCGACAGAACAGCAGUAGUGUGUAGUGUACACAGACAAUACAGGAACUGUUACUGUUGGAAAUAGAAGCUAAUUCUGUCCAUUUCUUGAAACUGUAUAGUACAGGCAAUGCAAGGCUCUCUACAUCUGUCUCACUGCUGACUUGGAGGGCAUCACUUCUUGAAGUCCAAGAACAUUCAGUCUCCAUAUAACUGUCCUUAACUUCUUUACUUAGACUAACAAGGUCGCUCACCAUGGCUGUGCACUUCUCAUAAUUGUCUAGGUAUUGGAAUUGAGGCAACUUAAAUUCAUUUCACAUAAGCUACUGAGAAACUGUCAAAUGGUAACUAAAAAAAAGUGGUCACAGCUGCAUCUUUUUGAGGGUCCUAGUUCUCCAAGUGUUAGAAAUUGUUCCGAUCGUGCCUAUUGGGUGGAGCUCUUUUGUGGAUUUAGGCAGAACAGCACUUAAUCUUGAGUGGGUUUAGGUGAGAGAAGGGCUGAGUUGCUGAGAUGGGAGAGAGUUCUGUAUGCGUACAGAAACGGAACUCACCAGGGAGAUGUCUAAAUUCAUUUGGCAUUUCUAGGGUUUGGUGGUAGGUAAGUAUGUGCUUUUUAGAUUUAGUUUCCUAAAUUCCAUCAAAGUCCAUCUUUAGGCACCUGUGCCCUUUAUUACAUCCAUUCCUAAACCAUUUGACAACCCCUUUAGGUUUCACUAGCUUUACACAGCUGUAUUUUGUAUCAGAAUUAAAAGAAAGUAUAUAUACACACACAAAUCCUUAAACAGAUUGCUUUUUAAUCUCUUCAAGUAUUAAUAGUAUGGGAAUAAUUUUGGCAAUUUCUUUGAAAAUAGUUAACAUUUUUAUAACUGAAAGAUCAAUUUUAAUCUCAUUACAGAAAAUCAUGUCCAUAUAAUGAAAACAAGUUUAAUUAAUCUUUCAAAAUGAUUUGCAAUAUAUUCCAGGCAUUUGUCAGUAAUAAUCAUUGCCUACCUCAUUAAACAAUAUUAUACCAAAAAGUACACCAUCCCAGUGGUCAAAUUAGGAAUUGGAACCUUUAAUUAAACAAAGAUUAAAUAUAAAUUGUUGGGUUUUUUUUCUACAAUAUACAUUUCA